AAACGGAAAUGAUCAUGACGUAGUCCAUAUUUCGCGGCUGCAGUGGAACAACUUGAGCCGCUCACAAAGUUGGCCAGUGCAGACUGAGUGGGCGAGGCUGCGGCCGUCCCGUGGGGCAGAUCUUUGGAAUAAAGGAGAUCUCAGAGCUCUUCCUCAAGACAUGCAGGAAGGCAGCAGUUAGCUGAGCAGGACUGUAUGCAUGUACAUGUUGGACAAGCACAUCGCGGGCUAACGAUUCAGUUAUGGAUACAGCUCUGAAGAGAAGCCUUGCUACUCUUCGGAUGUAUCAGAGUCAGACCCCAAGCGCUGUGGCCUCAAAAAGGAAGAAGGAAGAUCAGGAGAUGGUUGUGGUGGCAAAUUGCCAUUUCUUAGACAAUGAGGACGUGAAGACCACGUACGUUCUGAUGAAAAAUGCCUCAUUCAGUACAUCAUUCCAGGUCUCAAAGGCAGUAACUGAAAUGGACCUGAAGAAUGCUGUUUCUGCAGCCCUUGUCAGUAAGAGACCACAUUUGGAGGGCUGCGGGUGGUGUUUCGUACACAAAGACCCUUCACGGCGCCAGUGGUACCAGGAACAAAGCAAUGACAUUGAGAAGGAUGGCGCUUGGCUUCACAAGAUGUACGCCGUACGUGGAAAAAAGGAUGUUUUGGCCAUUACUUUGGCUAUCAUAGAGAUACAUGUACCAGAGGACACGCCACAGCAGCAGGCUACCACUACCUCCCAGGUAGCGCAGGUCAGGGGCAGAGGUCAAGUCAGUGCCCAGGAUAGUCAGGACGAAAGGGAUGUUCCUACAUCAACUAGUACUUCAAGUACUCCAGGCCCAGAGAGGUGUCAGGAUGACAAGCACACAGAAAAAGCAAGAGAUGCCAAAGAAAGACCAAAACAAGAAGGAUCAAAAGAAAAGGGCAAUGAUUUUGACAUCUUGAAAGAGGCCAACAAUACUGCAAAAGCAAUGUUUCAAAUGUCAAGCCCACUCGAUGCAGUGCUUCAAACACUGGUAGCCAUGCCUGGGCUAGUUGAAGCACUUGCAAACAUCAACUGGAGUGAUGCUACAAGGAGGAAUGAGGACAGGUUGGGGCUACGGGCUUUUUUACAGGUCCUGUCAUUUACAGCUCUAGAUAAGUUGCACCAAGGCCUAUGUAUGACCGAGCUGUUAUACGUCUGCAACUACUUUGAGGGGAAGGUUGACAACAUUGCCGAUAUGUUCGAGGGGUGCAUAGAGUAUCUAGUUUCCCUGGACAAUGAGGGAGAUGAAUCCUCCAUCAGUCAUCUGCUAGAUGUGCUACUGUGUGGCAUGUGGACAGAAAGAGGUCUCCAGGAUCAUCCCCAGUCAUAUUGUCACAGGCUGGCUGGAAAAGUUAUCAACUUACCAAGUUGUGUUAACAGCAUGCUUAAAGAUGGUGGAAGACCCAUCAAAUUCUCGAUGACUGAGAAGCUACCCAACAUGUUAUGCUUCCUAUUACCAGAGGCAGAGACCGCAAACUUUGAUGUGAAGGUGAAGAUAAAAACGUUCCAGGAGGACGACGAUGACAUGGAAGAAGAAGGUUUUCUUGUUUAUGACCAGUUUUACGUACUGGCUGCGGUCACCUCCUCCUCACCUCCUACAGUUGCACUCUUCCCGGUCAAGAAAGAGGAUGAAUUGACAAUUUUCCACAAUGGGAAGAAGGUUUCCUUCACAGCAGAGACCAGGAAGGUGGCAAAGGUGGUUAAGCAAUGGAUGCAACAACAUGCACCUCGGAUCCUGUUAUAUGUCCUGCAAAACUCAAAAGGCCUGCAUGAGGAGAGCCUUCCACCAGAGAUUGCAUCAGAACACACAGAAAGAGUAAGGCGUUUUCCUGGACUGCCAUUUACAAGUGAUGACUUUGCUCUGACUGCUCUGAAAAGGAAGAACCAGGCACUCAAAACACUGAAAAGUGCUGGUCAAGUACUGGAGAAAGUGUUGGCAGAGAAAUGUUUCACAGUCCAAGAUGACUUGAAGGAGGUGUUCUUGAAGUAUGCAGUAAGUCACCUGAGGGAAAUGGUGUGUCUUCCGAGUUCACGGUACAAUUGCAGGCCACCAAGACAUCUGAUUUUUGCUGGCCCUCCAGGUACUGGCAAAACGUCCUUCGCAAGAGUGUUUGGAGAGUUCCUCUACCGUUGUGAUAUUGUGCAGAAGAAAGAAGUGAAAGAGUUACGGAGAGACACAAUUAUCAGUGGCUUCGUCAAUCAGAUGGAAUCCAACAUGGCCAAAGAAGUAGAAGAGGCAGUAGGACAUGUUCUCUUCGUAGAUGAGAUUUAUCAGCUAGGAGAAGGCAGGGAGGCAAGAAAGGCGCUGGAAGCCCUUAUGAACAGAUCGUAUGAACCAAGAUCAAGAACUCCCAUUCUCAUCCUGGGAGGAUACUUGGAGGAGAUAAGGGAGAAUGUGUUCAAGAUCAACCAGGGGUUUGCAAGCAGAUUCCCAGAAAUCAUCAAGUUUCCACCCAUGAGUGCUCAUCAACUAUCAGCCAUUCUGGAGACAAAACUGACUGAAAGCGGGCGCGCAUGCAUAGGGCUGGACAGAAAUCGUCUCGAGGGAGCCAUCUUGGCAAUUCCAAUCGGAAAGAGGGCCCGCUCGAACGCGAGACUGUGCGACAGUGUGAUUACUGAGCUGUCCAGUAUGGAGCCAGAUAUUGGGCUGUCAAUUCUUGACACAUUUGAGGUCAGCUUUGACGUGCUGCUGGAGGCUCUGGAUCGAAUUGCACAGAAAGGUGACUGUCACAGUGAGCAGGACAAGUUUGAGGAACUUGUGCAGGCAUGCUCAAAAUGUAAACUAUGUGCUAACCACAAGAAGGCGGCAAAGAAGAUGGAACAACCUUCAGAAUAGAAUAUCGCACUACUUUGAAAGACAACUUUUGAUGAUAUACAUGUAGCACCAUUGUAACACUAAGGUCUGUCAUGAAUACAAACAAAUCUUUUGUACACAAUUUUGGCUCUAGCUAGUGUCACCUUCAAUGAUUGUCUCUAAAAAUGUCCUGCGUAUUAUAGAUUAUCAACUCAUCAGUGGUAUAACAAACUAUUUCAUCAAUGAUCAUAAUGUAUUGAAAAAAAUGCUAAUAGAGAAAUCACAUUUUGAGAUAGCCUUUAAAUUUAUUAUUUCAAAAGUCAUCAUGACAGCCAACAAUUUUUUCCAAGAUUUAAUUACAGCCAAGGCUUCCAUUGAUGUAAAUCCAAGAAUGUAGGUUCCAUACCACAAGGGUUAGAAAUGUUAAGUAAACUAUUGGGAAGUUGUCAAAUUUUGUAAAUGUGUCAUACUUCCAGCUCAGGCCAGCUGUUAUUUCCUGUUACCUAGAAUUGUUGGAAAUCACUUUAAUUAUUACUUUCAGAUUUUGUAUUGAACAUAGCACCAAGGCUUGUGAACACUAUUUUGACAAGAAAAUCAACUAUAAUUGUAAUAUAUAAUGCGAUUUUACAUAUUACACUGAUCAUGCACUGUUUACUUCCGAAAUUGGCAUUUUUUGGGUUAAUUGGUGCGAGGUUACAAACCAGCUACCUUCAUCAAGUCGGUCCAUGUUAAAGUACUAUUAUAUAGACAGAUGCACAUUGAAUUAUGAUAUUAUCAUUGCAAAUGAAAAUGUGUGAGACAAACUUUUGGCAUCUUGAAUACUUUCUAUGCUGACACAUCCUCAAACUGACUUUCUAUACAUGAUGUACAUUGAUGCAUGUAUUUGUUCAUGUUAUCAAGCAUGACUUUUUCAUGACAGUCUGUAUUAGAGCAAGGAGGUUUUUGAUUAGAGUUUUAUUCUAAAUGUUCUUUCUUUAUUAUUUUGUUCAACAUCGAUGUCUGCAUCAUGUUAAUUUGGCAGGAACAUUAAGCAGACAAAAUGUAGGAGACAUUUUGUUUUAUGGUAGCAUGAAUCCUAAGCAUUAUACGUAAGAACUAAAUUAAGUCAAAUGUUAGUUUGCAAAAUCUUGCUGUAAUGUCUAAGCUUGGGUGUACUGCCCAGUGUAAUUGAGAUAGGAAAAUGUGCAAAUGUUACAUUAAAUUUUGUAUUUUAUCUUGAAAUCCAUAUCAUAAAAGGCAUGCAACUUUGUCUUCAAAUGUAGUAAAGGUUUCUCUGUCCAGGGAUAGUAUUGUUGAUGAGAUACGAGGUACUUUGUGGAAGAAGAUAACAUGUAGUUUCUCUAAUGUCACGUUUUGAUACUUGACUUCCAAGUGUCCCUGAGUGCUACCGUCAUGCCUGUGCACGUAGCAAAGCCAUGAUACUAUUCAGUUGGUAGGAACAAAAACGUUUUUGUUUCUGAAGACAAGAAAUGAUAUUAUAGAUCAUUUAUUGAGAAUUCUAGGAAAGAAAACACGUGGAACGUGAUAUCAAGAUGAUAUCAACUGAUUUUGUGAGAGAUGAUACUAGUAGAUAAGUGAUGACACAAAGAAGAAGAUGAUAGAUAUAUUCCAUGAUGCUUUUUGGUUGCAAAGGAUGUUACUGCAAUGCUGAUAAGUAUGGUAAAUGUUCAGUUACAAGUAUUAGUUAUUGUUGCUGUUGUUUAAAUCAUUCCAAAGUCCAUGGCAGCUUAUGCCAUGAAUGUAUGGUCAAAGAGGUCUGAAAGUAUUUUCUAUCAUGUAACUUUAACAUCCAUAAUUGUAGGGAUCAUACAGUAUACUAACAUAACAUGUACCAGGUAACUCUUGCUGCUGAUGCAUAGCAAGGGUAAUGGAUACUGCAAUGUAUUACUUUUAGGCUUUGGUAACUGAAAGACAGUAUCUGCUGCAGUCUCAUUUCACAUGGUGCCAUAUCCAUGUUCAUGUAAGCAGCGUCAGGCCAUGUCAUGAGUCAGUUGCUCCAAUGCUUUGUGCAGUUAAAAGAUGUCAUUGAUGUGAUAAUGAUCAGGUAUGAGCACACCGGUGUAAUUUCCAUAAGCACUGAUACACGAAUAAAGGUGUAUUGUUCUGAUAAUCAUGAUGAAUAUUUUGCAGUUGGCCAAGUUUGCCAUUCAUAUGAUGAAAAUAAUAGAACACUCUGAUGUGAUUUCCAGAGGUACAUGUACACAUCUGUUUUCUUAUCCAGGAAGGUAAUAACCUUGGUUGUGAAAGGUAUGCACCAGACAUAAACAUGUGGAACGGUUAGAUGGCAAAAGGUAAUAAAAUGUUUGUGCAGUAAA